AUGACCACUCCAACCCUGAUCAAUCUCCCCCCUCCCCCCUCGGACCCCGUCACUCCCUCAGAGAUGGGCCCAGGCACUCCCAACUCCGGUACCACCUCACUGUCCGCGCUGUCCACGACGGCCAUCAAAGACGGCCACCAGGGUCAACCAUUGGCCCACGGCCGACACGCCCACCAAUCCUCCUCCGCCUCUACCUCCUCCACCACCACCCUAGACGCCGAGCGCGCCGAUCGCAUCUCCCGCCUCGCGGGCCUAGAACGGGUCACGACCGCCCGCGCGGGUGGCGGCGGCCACACCUCGGGCGCGCCCAUGUCCGUCUCCCAUGGCCCGGGCUACUUCGAGAGCCCGGCCACCCUGAAAGAGCGCAGCACCGUCGGCAGCGCCAGCGCGACAGGCAGUGUUGGCGCUCGCACCGGGACGACUUGGGCGUCUGGCAGUGACGCCUACUACGAUGGCGACAAGAUGAGCGAGGGCCCAGAUCCCGACGACGCGGUGUCCAACAUCAGUAACAUCAGCGACGAAGGCAACGCCAGUCUCGUGGGGUUCGGCGAAGGUGCUAACAGCACCAUCAGUGGGCCGACCUCGCAGCGGCCCCCGGGCCUGAAUCGUAUGUCCUCCGGUGCGAGACCGACUUCUAUUGGAAGCAAUGUGCCGCCGCGGCUGAACCCGCUCGCGUCGUAUUUGCAGUCACAGCAGCAGCACCAGUAUCAGCAUCAGUAUGACCAUGACAUGGGCAGUGGCAAUUUCUCUCCCGCGGGCUCGAAUACCCCCGAGCCGACGACGGAGGAUGCCCGCAUGGUCGAUGGUAUGACUUUCGACGAGGAUGUUGUGGAUACCACGGCCCGGACGCCGCGCCUGGUGACCCCGUCGAGUGAACUCAACACGCCGAAUCGAGAGUAA